AACGGUGCUCAGUGGCUUGGCGUUGGGCCGUUGGUUGGCGCCGUCUCUUUCGUCCUCUUUCAAAUUCCUCUCCUUCUGCUUCUGGAGCUUUCUCCAUCUCUCGUCGUUUCGGAUUAUAUAUAAAUAUAUAUAUAUAUAUAUAUAUAUAUAUAUAUAUAUCCAUUUUCAUACGCAUCCAUGAUCAGACAAAUUCACCCUCAGCCUCUUAUCUCAUGAUUCUCAUCGUCAUCUACUUCUCCAUUUACAUUUUUCUCAGGGAAUCAAAGCCAAUCGCCAUUACUGCAUUGUUAUCCCCAACAUGAGCGUCCGAUUGAAUUUCUAUGCCAGCUCCCACCGUCGUCUCCAAUCUCCCUUCGUUCCCUCUAACAAUCCCUUCUCCUUGACCACUCGGACUUCCCAUGUCCGCGAGUUCCGCGUCUGGAGGCGUCGGCGACUGAAGCUACAAAAUCUCACUCGAACCCACCUUGUUGUUUGCAGCCAGUUGGGGCCAAUAUUUGAUGAUUUCUUCCAUAAUUUGAUUUCCCAGUCCCCCUCUGUGAACUCGCUUGAUUUGAUUGCUCCGGCGCUAGGCUUUGCCUCUGGUGUCGCCCUCUACCUCUCUCGCUUCAAGUCCCAUCGGAAUUCCGCCGUCUGUGACGUCGGAGAGUGGAUUCUGUUCACGAGCCCCACCCCCUUCAACCGAUUCGUGCUGCUGCGCUGCCCCUCCAUAUCGUUCGGCGGGGGCGAGUUGUUGGAGGACGUGAGCGAGAAGCUGGUGAAUGAGGAUCAACAUUUUGUGAGGCUCGACAGCGGCAGGAUUCAAGCAAGAGGCCCUUCCGAUGGGAGAGAUGGCGCAAUGGAAGAGAAGCUUGCUUAUCAGAGAGAGUGUGUGAGGACGGAUGAUGGAGGAGUGAUAUCUUUGGACUGGCCAGCCAAUUUGGAUUUUAAGGAGGAGCAUGGAUUGGAUACCACUAUGUUGCUCAUUCCCGGAACGGCUCAAGGGAGUAUGGAUGAGAAAGUGAGGUUGUUCGUCUGUGAAUCGCUAAAGCGUGGUUGUUUUCCCAUUGUCAUGAACCCUAGAGGCUGUGCCCGUUCACCGCUGACAACAGCAAGGUUAUUUACAGCUGCUGACAGCGAUGAUAUCUGCACAGCUAUACAGUUCAUCAAUAGAGAAAGGCCGUGGACGACAUUGAUGAGUGUUGGAUGGGGAUAUGGUGCGAACAUGUUGACAAAAUACUUGGCAGAAGUUGGAGAGCAAACACCACUUACAGCUGCCACAUGCAUAGACAACCCUUUUGACUUAGAGGAGGCGGCAAGGUCCUCUGCUUACCACGUUGCUGUUGAUCAGAAGCUUACAGGUGGACUGAUAGAUAUUCUACGAUCUAACAAGGAAAUAUUUCAAGGCAGAGCAAAAGGGUUUGAUGUCAAAAAGGCUUUAUUGGCAAAAUCUGUUCGUGAUUUUGAAAAAGCUAUAUCUAUGGUAUCUUAUGGAUUUGAUUCUAUAGAAGACUUCUAUUCAACAUCUAGCACGUGGGGUGUCAUUGGGAAUGUGAAGAUUCCUGUCCUUUUUAUACAGAAUGAUGAUGGGACAGUGCCACUAUUUUCUAUUCCACGCAGUUCUAUAGCUGAAAAUCCAUAUACAAGUCUGCUGUUGUGCUCAUGUUUGCCGUCUCAAGAUGUUGUAAAUGACAAAUCUGCUAUAUCUUGGUGCCAGAAUGUCACCAUUGAGUGGCUAACAGCUGUAGAGCUUGGACUUUUGAAGGGUUGUCAUCCUCUUCUGAAAGAUAUAGAUGUUACAGUCAAUCCUUCAAGAGGUUUAGCUCUUGUGGAAGGCAGAAAAUCUAAUAAAGGUGAUAGAGUUAACAAGCUUUUGGAUCUUACAAAAUCAAAUGCAAUGAAUGGAUAUUCUGUGGAUCCUAUACCUAAUAUGCUUGACAAAAGUAAGACUAUUGCUGAAACAAAUUUAAGGUCUGGGCAAGAUAUGCCUAGAGAAUUGAGACUUGAAAAUAAGGGACUGCAACAAGCAGAUAAUGGUGUGUUACAUCAGUUAACUAGCUCUGUUGAAACUGAAUCUGUCCAAGAGGAUGGAAUUGGUCUGUCAGAUGGUGAAAGAGGCCAAGUACUGCAGACAGCGCAGGUGGUUAUGAAUAUGCUUGAUGUAACCAUGCCUGGUACUCUUACAGAAGAACAAAAAAAGAAGGUCCUGACUGCUGUGGAUCAAGGGGACACGGUCAUGAAAGCUUUGCAAGAUGCAGUGCCUGAGGAUGUCCGAGAAAAGCUUACAACAGCUGUUUCUGGAAUUUUAGGUCAGGGCACAAAUUUAAAAAAUCUUGAUGUAUUUCUUAGUGUUGGUGGGCUUCCCAAUAUGUCAUCAGCAUUAAAGUCAAAGAUUCAGGAAAAUGUCAGUGGACUAUCUGGUGCAGAAGUAAAUUCUCAUUCCUCAGAUCAAAGGAACCUGAAAGAUGAUCUUGCUGAAGUUGGUAGACAGUCGGGUGGAGAAUUGAAUUCUUAUCCCUCAGACCAAGGGAAAUUGAAAGAUGAUCUGGGGGAUGGCUUUGAUGACAAUCCGCCUGGUGUGAGCAAGCCUGCUGAGGGACCGGAGUGUCUGCCUUCUGAGAAAUUGCAAAAUUCUGUCAAUCAGGGGCAAUCUCAAUCUACAGAUACUUAUGGAGUUGAUAUUUCUUCAGUUAGGAAAGGAACUGAUGACUCGGGAAAUAAUCAUGAAAAUGAAGAGUUAUCCACGGCAAAAGAGUCUCAAUAUUCUGACUAUGAGGAAAAUGGGUCAGAAACAGGUGCAAAGCCUCCCUUUCCUAGUUCAUCAGAAAAGACUGGCGUCAGUGAAGCUACAGUCACUAAUCAGUGCAAAGGGAAUUCAGAUAAUGUAAAUACUCAAUCAGAUAUAAAAGAGGAGAAUAUUACCCAGAGAAAUGCAGAAAAAUCAACUGAUUCUUCUAGUGAUCAAAAUAAGACAAAUAAAUCAUCCAGGGCAGAAGAGGCACAUUCAUCUCAGGUAUCUGUGUCUGAUUCCCAGCCAAUGGAAAUGGAUGUUAAUGAUAAUCAGAAGAAGGAAGACAGAAAUAUGCCGCAGCCCAUUCCUGACAAUAAGCACUCUUUGUCUGAUUCUAGUCCGCCAACAUUCAGUGUCUCUGAAGCAUUAGAUGCCUUGACAGGGAUGGAUGAUUCAACCCAGGUGGCUGUUAACAGUGUUUUCGGUGUAAUAGAGGAAAUGAUUUCGCACAUUGAGGAAAGAGAUGGUGACAAUGGAGUAAAAAAUAUGAAUGAGGUCAAGGAUGAUAAAUCUGGUUCUGUAGCUGAGAAGUUUGAUAUCAUUUACAACCAGAAGUUGCAAAGGAAAGAAGACAACAGGAAUGAACUAAGCUUGCAGUCUGAUAUGUUUCAUGAUCCUUCUGCAUAUAGUGGCCCUGAGGAUUGUAUAGAUCCACAGCAUGAUAUGAGAACCAGAUUGGUCGAGGAUAAACUUAAGCAAAAUUCAAAUUGGUUGAAUGGGAAUGACAUUGAUUGUUUUGAGGAUCACAACAAAGCAAGUCCUGUGGGUAUGGGGGAAAACAAAAGGGAGGAACAUAUGGUUGAUGGCGAACCAACACCAGAAAAUUUGGGUGAACAUGUAAGUGACAUUCCAUUGGGUUUAACCAAAAAUCCAUUUGGGAAUUCUAUUUACAAUGAAUUUCUCCAAAAUCAUCUUCUUUCAAAGAUGCUGAACACAAAACCACUUGAUCUAGAUACAACUGCAGCCCUAUUUCUCGACUAUUUUCCAGAAGAGGGUCAAUGGAAGCUCUUGGAACAGCCGGGAAGCACUGGAAACUCAAUUGGAGACAUUACAACUCAUAGGGGCAUUGAUAGAAAGGUUCAGGCCCAUUCGCCUGCAAAAUCAAAUAACAAAGAUAAUGUUAUCGAACCAUUGUAUGUAAUUUUAGAUACUGAAGAAGAACAGGAACCAAUUCGGGAGUAUGAGACAGUUAGCCAAAUGAAUGGAUCAGUGGGAAUUGGUGAUAAUAGAUCAGAGGAGUCGAUAUGUUUUGUUAAGAAUAUUAUAUUGGACUCGUUGAGGGUCGAAGUUGGUCGUAGGCUAAGUGCAGACAACUUGAAAGAAUUGGAUUCCAAUCUCGCUAGAGAUCUGGAACAAGUUGCAAAUGCAGUGUCUCUGGCUGUAAUGCAUAACAAUGAUGGUACUUGGUCUUUGGAAGGUAAAGGCGAUGGUGCUGGCUGUAUUUUAAAAGACGCUGCUACUCUUAAUGGGGAGCAUAUUAUAAAGGCAAUUUCAUUUUCUGUUCAGGACACCAUGUGCUUGAGAAGGGUACUGCCUGUUGGUGUCAUUGUUGGGUCUAGCUUAGCUGCUUUGAGAAAUAAUUUCAAUGUAGCUACAGUGCAUGAUAACAGCCAAAGUGAAGCUGUGACCUUUGAUAAAGCCGACAAUUAUGUGACAAAAAUUCUUGAUCAUGUUGGUGAAAAAGAAGUUGAUCAGGCGCCUGUUGACACAACUGAUAAAAUAUCUGGUUUAAGCAGUUCAACAAACAGAGACAAGGAGAAAGCUGGAUUAAAUAGUCUAAAUGACACUGUUAUGGUAGGUGCUGUUACUGCUGCCCUGGGGGCGUCUGCUUUACUGGCGCAUCAACAGGAUUUGUACAAAGGAAAUGAAACUUGUGAGAAUUCAUCCAAGCCCUUCAAUGAGAGAGGAAAUCAUCAGAAGGAUCUUGACAAGCUAGAGGAGGUAAUGUCCGAAAGAAGCGAGAAUAAUAUAGUCACAAGCCUAGCUGAGAAAGCCAUGUCAGUUGCUGGUCCUGUGGUGCCAACAAAGGAAGAUGGUGAAGUGGACCAAGAAAGGCUAGUAGCAAUGUUAGCAGAUUUGGGCCAAAAGGGUGGCACUUUAAAGCUAGUUGGUAAACUUGCUUUGCUUUGGGGAGGCUUACGUGGAGCUAUGAGUUUGACAGAUAGGCUUAUCCUGUUUCUGCGUAUUGCUGAACGUCCCUUGUACCAGAGAAUUCUUGGGUUUGUGUGCAUGGUGCUUAUUUUAUGGUCUCCGGUGGUUGUUCCAUUGCUUCCAACACUUGUUCAGAGCUGGACAACACAUAAUUCCUCCAGAUUUGCUCAAUUUGCUUGUGUUGUUGGUCUGUACAUUGCUGUUAUGAUACUUGUUACUUUAUGGGGAAAACGAAUUCGAGGGUAUGGAAAUCCAUUGGAGCAAUAUGGGCUGGAUUUGACAUCCUCACCAAAGGUGCAAACUUUUCUGAAGGGUUUGAUUGGAGGAGUUGUGCUUGUCUUAUCAAUACAUUCUGUAAAUGUGUUACUUGGUUUUGUUAGUUUAUCUUGGCCUUCAAGUCUUCCUUCUUCUUUUGAUGCUAUGACAUGGGUCAAGGUGUCUGGGCGACUGCUUAUGUGGACUGCUCAAGGUAUUGUAACUGCAACAGCUGUUGCACUGGUGGAAGAAUUGCUUUUUAGGUCAUGGUUGCCUCAGGAAAUUGCCGUAGAACUUGGAUAUCAUCGUGGAAUUAUUAUUUCCGGACUUGCUUUUUCUUUAUUUCAGAGGUCUCCACAGGCAAUUCCAGGGCUGUGGCUUCUUUCUCUGGGCCUGGCAGGGACUCGAGAAAGAAACCAAGGCAGUCUCUCCAUCCCAAUUGGGUUGCGUACAGGGAUGCUGGCCUCAAGUUUUGUUUUACAAAGAGGCGGCUUCAUAAUUUACUCGCUCAAUUUCCCUGCGUGGUUAGCUGGAAGCUGCCCAUUCCAACCGUUUAGUGGAGUUGUUGGUCUUGCCUUCUGUUUGUUACUGGCAAUAGCUCUAUAUCCAAGGCAGCCUCUCCAGAAGAAGAAAAUUAUGAGGACAAUUCGAGAAUAAGCAAGGAAUACACAUUAUUCAGUCGCCAAGGCUGGAUACAGAAGACUGCUCUGUUGAUGUUGCUAUUUGUGCAGUGAAAGAUAAUUGGAUUGGAUAGUAAUUAAGAUUGGAUCAGGAAAAGUGCUAUGUUGAUGGUGCUUUUGGUUUUUUAGUGAGACUGAACUGGACUGGCUUGAUUGUGCGUGUUAGCGUCCAGUUGAUGUGCCUUGUACAAGUUUAUUCGACUAUGGUAGGAAUGGAAGAACGGUGGGUGGAGAAGACGAAAGGGUGGGAUUUUGUUUCCUUGUUUUUUUCUUUUUCAAUUUUUGAGAGAGAGUGAAAGCUUAAAGAGCUGCCUCCUGAAUGUUUUUUUCUGAUGUGUUAGUGUAUAGCUAGUAGAUGCCAAAAAGUGUGAGAAAUAGAAGAGGAAGUUUUGUUGAAGUAGAGAAAUGAUUGUACAAGACUUGCUAUUUAUUGCAUUUAGUAUGCGGCUCUUUAUUUACUUUGCUAUUUGAAUAUUCAAUGUGGCAUCAUUUGUUCC